AUGGAGAAGAAGAAGGUGGACGAUCUUUAUUGCGAGGCAGGGGUUCAAGAAAGCUUAAGAUUGAUCAUACUACCCCAAGGAGGAGGCUGGAGUUCAAGUAAACUCAAGAUUGACCACAGCGGAGGAAGGGGUUUAAGAAAGCUCGGGAUUGGCAGCAACAAUAGUGUAUGUAGAUCACGAUGUGCAACAUCUCCUCUCAAGAUGUUGCAAAGUUGA